AUGUUUAUUAUAAUAAUCAGUUUGGCGUUAGGCACAUCAUUUUCCGAGGAAUCGACGAUAUUUCACACUUGCAUUCCAAAGACACAGUUUCUGCUUAACGGAAAGCUUUGCCACUGUGAUUCUAAGGGUUUGUGGUUAGAAGAGAACUGUCAAUACGUGUCAAGACGACGAACAUGCCAACGAGGGCAGACAUUUGUGGACUUUGAUUGCAACACAUGUUACUGUUCGAAAAAAGGAAAAAUUGACCCAAAGUGGUGUACGUACGAUGAUUGUGAUGCAAAAAGAGAAAAAUGCAACUUUUGCAUUUGUCCUGAAAGCGGGUUGUCGAAGGAAAAGGCUUGUACUAAGAAUUAUUGCACGGAAGUCGAUCUGACUCGUAGCAACGUCAAAUUCACAUGCGAGCCGUUGGCUUACUAUGAGUUUACUAUAGGCUGUAAGCAAUGUGUGUGUCCUGAGAUGGGGUUAAAGCUGUACGCUGAGUGUGAUGCUUCACAAUGUAAUGACAAGGAUCUCAUGCCGACUGGAGCAGAUUUACAAAGAGUUGAAUUUUUGAACGAGACGCCGCAUGCUCGAAGUCGUCGUGACUUAAACUCGUCAUGUAUUAAAUAUAACGCGACCGAAGAUGAGCAGCGAUGUACACCUGGGACUAUGUAUAUUAUCAGAUGUAAACUGUGCAUAUGUCCAUACAUGGGGAACAUACUUUACUUCUGCCGGCCACUUAACAACCGAUUUUAUUGUGAACAACCAUUUCCAAAUGUGUAUUAUGAGCCGAUGGGACGUCGAGACAUAUCAUUCCAAGAUAUAAUAACGAACGAGGAAAUAUUAAAGGCAGUUAUGGUACAUAACCAUACAAAAUAUGCAUGUAACAAGUUGGGUAAAAUAAUGGACAAUUGUUUUAUCUGCGAGUGCGAAGAGAACAAUGUUCUGGUCGAGGAGCACUGCUUCAAAAAGGAACACGAAAACUGUACCAACGCCAGACCAUCAUUUUUGAUAGAUAAUAAAGUAGUCCUCAAU